UAUGCUGUCUGUCAACAAAUUUUGUUUCUGAGCAGUUUUUGUUUUCCACAUAUCUCAUUGUUAAGCUUCUAUUUAAAACUUACAUUCUCAAUGUCUUUAUCAAAAAUCACACUUUUUGUAUUAGCAACUCUAGCUGUGAUAUCUACGCUGGUCGCGAAGUUACAGAAUAUUGUUCAUAUUAGUAAUGAUGUUGAGUAUGAUGAUAUUAAAGUGGAAUAUUACCAAGAUGACUUGUAUCCAAAUGAUAAACGACAACAUUUAAUGUGGUUUUUGCAAGUUUCAGAUUUGCAUUUGAGUAUAUUUAAAGAUCUGUCUCGUGGUUCUGACUUGAAAAAAUUUUGCAAUGAAACUGUUUCUGUUAUUCGACCUUCUGUUGUCCUUGCUACAGGGGAUCUAGUUGAUUCAAGAACUGCUGAUCUGUUGGGAUCUAGGCAGUAUGUUGAAGAAUGGCGUAUGUACCAGCAGAUUUUAUAUGAUUCAGGUGUUACUGUCAAUACAACAUGGUUAGAUAUUAGAGGCAAUCAUGAUAAUUUCAAUGUUUUAUCACUGGAUGAUAAAAAUGAUUUAUAUAGAAAAUAUUCUACUCAAGGUGGAAAACACAGACGUUCAUACAGCUAUACAUUGCAACAAGGCACUGAAACUUAUACUUUUAUUGGUAUUGAUGCCUGUAUGGAUCCUGGGCCAAAACGACCUUUUAAUUUUCUGGGAGUCUUAAAGAAGGAUGAAUACUCACAUGUAAAGAAACUUCUAGAUGAUUCUAGAGGUGGCAAUAUGACUAUUUGGUUUGGACAUUAUCCAACUUCAACUAUAGUUGCUCCUAAUCCUGGUAUAAGAGAGCUUAUGAAAGGAACUGGUCCAUAUCUUUGUGGUCACCUACAUACUUUGGGAGGGAUGGUACCUGAAAUGUAUACUUUACAGUCAACUGGAGCUUUAGAACUGGAAUUGGCUGAUUGGAAAGAUAGACGGAAAUAUCGUAUUUGUGCUGUGGAUCAUGGGAUAUUUUCCUUUUUUGAUAACCAUAUCGAAGAUUGGCCACUGAUUCUUGUGACUAAUCCAAAAGAUGCUAUGAUGCUGAUGCCAGCUAUUGAACCUUUAUAUCGAGUAAUGAAAUCUACCCACAUCAGGGUUCUUAUAUUUUCUCCAUAUCCUAUCGCAUUAGCUAAGGUGAAAAUAAAUGAUGAUGCUUGGAUUGAACUUAAACUCAGUGAAGCACCUUUAUAUGUUGCCAAGUGGGAGCCACUAAAGUAUAUGGAAGGACUGUACACAAUGACUGUUUAUGCCAAAGAUACUAGUGGAAAAGAGAGAAUUAUAAAUCAUCAGUUUUCUUUGGAUAAUUCAAGACCCACAUUUCCUCUUACUGCUAGGUUAGCACUAAUGGGACACAUAUCAGUGGGCCAGGCAAUUUUUGGAGUUUCUUUGCUAAUAACAUUGCUGCCUUUAUGCAUCAUGAAAAUUUAUCUUUGUUUUGGAAAAGGCGAAGGAAUUAAACUUAAAUCUGAGCGAGGCUUUUGCCGAAGGAUGAUUUUCAAAUUCAGUUUGCUUGCAAACGUGGACAUACUCUUUUGGCCUGUUGUCAUAGGAGCCUUAUAUGUUGCAGUAGGUCCAUGGUUUGUUGGAUACAUAAUUGAUGAUCACAUUGGAGUGUGCUUCGUGUGGGGUAUUUUCUUAGGUGGAACAUUUCUACCAGGUGGAUUACAAUAUUUUGCUGGAACUUUAUAUCUUGUUACAUUUUAUAUCCCUUUUAUUCUGUGCCUUUCAAAUUGUCUUUACCUGCAGUACAAAAGCAUCAGAGAUGGGCGACCCAAACCCUGCAGCCUAUAUUUCUAUGUAUGUCGUCAUUUUCUUAUGCUUUUUUUCAUUCUGUGGCAGUCCCUAUGGGCUGUCGUUUAUUUUUUCUCUUAUGGUACGCUGGCUUUCUUUUUGGGUUUCACGCACACCUGGUCUGUGGUCAUGGCCUUGAUCUUAUGGAGAAUUGUUAUCAUACUUCCUGAAUCUAAAAUAAACAGCAUUGGACGACCUAGACAAGUUGUUGGAACACCUCUUCUGCCAAGUAAUCAAGCUAAUAAACGCCUUUCACCUCCAACGGAGGAAAUCAUAAGCCCUAGCUGAUGCUAUUUUUGUUGAUCUUGCUGAGUGAUACUUAAUCAUUCCUCUUUUUCUUUGUUUGAUAUACAUGAUUUAAAUUUAUCAUUUAAUUGAGGUUUUUUUCCUUUUCUUCUUGUUUUUUCUUUAUGCUAGAAUUUUAUAUUGUUUUAAUUAGAACAAACAUAUGUAGUUUUUUGUAGUUUAUACAUUAAAUUAUUUAGAGUUAUAUUUUAUUUAGAGUUAUAAGAUAAUUACAAUUAUUUAG